AUGAGGUUGCUGCUGUGGCUUCUUGUCUUCUGCUCUCUGGGUCUCAGGGUCUGGGAAGCUCCCACCAUUGUCUCCCGCACAGAGUUGGGGGCGAGGUCACUGGCCUGCAGGGCCCAGCUGAACCCACCUGUGGCCUAUGUCAUCGUGGACCAGCUCACAGGGAUGGAGUGCCAGGAGCAGGAUGUUUGCAGCCAGAGGCUUCGGGACCUUCAGUCCCAUUCUGUCUACACCAAACGCUGGUGCGAUGUGGCCUACAACUUCCUGGUUGGGGAUGAUGGCAGGGUGUAUGAAGGCCUUGGCUGGAACAUCCAAGGUGUGCACACCCAGGGCUACAACAACAUCUCCCUGGGAAUCGCCUUCUUUGGCAAUAAGAUAGGGAGCAGUUCCAGCCCUGCCUCCUUAUCAGCUGCAGAGUACCUGAUCUCCUAUGCCAUCCAAAAGGGUCAUUUGUCACCGAGGUAUAUUCAGCCACUACUCUUGAAAGAAGAUGACUGUCUGGCCCCUCAGCAGCCAGUGAUGCCAAGGAAAGCUUGCCCCAACAUCAUCUCGCAGUCAGUUUGGGAAGCCAGAGAGACACACUGCCCUAAAAUGAACCUCCCAGCCAAAUAUGUCAUCAUCAUCCACACGGCUGAUACAACCUGCAGUGUACCAAUGGACUGCCAUAUUCGCAUCUGAGAUAUACAGUCCUUCCACAUGGACACACAGCACUUCUGUGACAUUGGAUAUCACUUCCUGGUGGGCCAGGAUGGUGGCGUAUAUGAAGGAGUUGGCUGGCAUAUCCAAGGCUCUCACACCUAUGGAUACAACGAUAUUGCCCUAGGAAUUGCCUUCAUAGGCAACUUUGUAGAAAAGUCGCCCAAUGCUGCAGCCUUGGAGGCAGCAGACCUGAUCCAGUGUGCAGUGGACAAGGGAUAUUUAAUUCCCAACUACCUGCUGGUGGGGCACAGUGAUAUUGUCAACACCCUGUCUCCUGGGCAAGCUUUGUACAACAUCAUUAAGACUUGGCCUCAUUUCAAACACUGA